CCCGCCCAGAACUGCAGCACCACAUAAAGCAACGGGUAUCAACAUACAAAGGGGAGAUUAAAGCCACUUCUACGUGAUGCCUCAUCACACAAAGCUCAGGGUAUAAAUCAACCAAUCUCAUCACAGGCACAAGCUUCACCCGCAUAACACCCCAUUUCCAUGAACCGCCCAGCACCACUUCUAGGGUGCUUGCCAGCUCUGCGGCUUUGCAUUCGGGGAUAUGCAAGCCGCCCCCCGCGGCCUCGUCUGGGGGACACACUGAGUUUGGAACAUUUUCUCCAAAGAGCCCGAGUUUUGGCCUUGUACCGCACCAUCAUGCGGGCAACCCGCCGGAUUCCGGACCCGGCCACGCGUGCCGAGACGAGAAGGAUGGCCCGCGCCGAGUUUGAGAGAAACCGCCAUGUCACUGACCUUGACCACAUUCGCUAUCUGCUCUCGACAGGCAAGACAGAAUGGGAAAAUAUGGAGAGGUAUAUUGAUGGUCUGUAACUGUCGAAGAGACCAUAUCUGGCCUCGGCCUUCACCUACCGAAGAACCGUUCUCUUAUUCAUGGGUCGCAUUCCUUGUCAUUUGGCUGGGGCCGUAUGCGCUGGUAUCAUCCACA